AUGGGUUUGAUAUCAGCGAAAGAGACGAAGAACACUCAUAGCGGAAGAGGAAUGGGUUUGCUCUUAGUCUUCUUCCCAGACCACUACAACUCCUCCAGAACCAUUUCCGCCGUCGACAACAGCAACAACGACUCUCCCUCUCCCUCUCCGUCUCCUUCUUCUUCUUCUCCAGCAACGACGACUCUCUUCCGCUCCAGAUCCUCCCGUCUUCUCCUCUCCAAAGCCCAAUCCACGAUCUCAAUCUGCAUCCUCCUCCUCUUCCUCACCCUCUUCCUCUUCACUCUCUCCACCUUCGAACCUUCCUCUGGUUUUCCCGCCGUUUCUCCCCGUUCUCACCGUCGAUUCCUCCUCAAUCGCGACAUCGUCCGCGCCGAAACUCGAGGUAUUAGUCGUCGUCUCAAUCGACUCGCUCUCCAGGGAAUGGGUACUCUGUUUCUGAGAGGAACCAAGAGCAUGCACGAUUUAAUCGUUGCUCACAUCGCUUCCGAUACAACGACGGACGAUCUCCGCCUCUUUAUGCGGUUGCUCCAUCGCUCCGGAGUCACUUCCAGAUCCGACGUCGUUUUACUAUUCAGUUCACCUUCGUCGGCUUCGAAGCUCGCUGGGUUGAUCGAGGAAGAGAACGACUCGUUCUCGAAACUCGUCGAUGCUCACCGGAAUUCGAAUUCGUCUGAUCAAAUCGACUCGGUCUGGGGAUUCAAUCUGUCACGCUUCAUGAAGAAGCAAUCGAAGAAGGAAAUCUCUGAGCCUAUUUGGGGGAAGAAGAGCCAUCGAGCUUAUCUGAACGAUUCGUCGUUGAACGUGACCGAGUCAGCCGAGUUGACUCACGGCUCGAUCGUGGGUUUCGACGUGACCGAGUUGGACCCGGAAAACUCGCUAUCUGGGUUCAUGGAUCACGUUCCGAUGAGCUUGAGGAGAUGGGCGUGUUACCCAAUGCUGCUCGGCCGAGUCAGGCGCAACUUCAAGCACGUUAUGCUUGUCGACGCUAAGACCUCCUUGUUUCUCGGUGACCCGUUAACCCGGAUUCGUAAUCGGAGCCCCGAAUCAGUCUUCUUCUUCUCCUCCUCCUCCAAACACAGCAACAAGAAAGCCUCCGAUAUUAACCCGGCGGUUUUGAUCGGUGGAGCUAAAGGAAUCAGGAGGUUAUCGAGCGCGAUGCACACUGAGAUCGUGAGAGCGACGAUGCAGCAGCACAAGAAGAAGAACUCGGUGUCGGAAUCGGUGGUGCUGAGUCAACUCGUUGGGAAUGUUCACAUGACUACGAACUUUGAAGUGAUUGUGCCGAACGAGUCAGUUGCGGAAGCGAGUUCGCUCGCUGAGUUGAGGACGAGAAACUCGGCGGCGUCGUCGAUAAAGAAUCACGAUAUAAUACAAAGGGGUAAUAGUAAUCAUCCUGACAUUAUGGCGAUUAUUAUGAAACGUAUUUGUUCCUCUGAAUUAGAUUCUUCCGUCUAUAGUUACUGUUAG